UCUGCGCAGCGAAAUGGAGCGGCACACUUCUUCCUCCAUCCACUUCCGGCUGAAGCUGCUGACCGCCGUGGAGCAGAUGCAGUCGGCGCUCGCGCUGCAGGACCUCGGUAACACACGCCCAUAUUAUAAUAAAUGGAGCGGCACACUUCUUCCACCGUCUGAAGCUGCUGACAGAUGCAGUCCUCGCUCCCGCUGCGGGUCCUCGGGCAGGUGUGGUACAAGCCGGUGCGCGACGCGGGCGGCACAGUGGUGGUGUCGUGCGUGGGGCGCGCGCGCGGAGCCCGGGCCGGCGCGCUCAGCUCGCGCUGGGUGCCGCUGCACAAGCUGCGGCGCCGGCCCGGCGGCGAGGAGCAGGCCGCCGCCGACCUGCUGCUGGCCUCGGUGCCGCACCAGAUCCACUACCACCAGGUGUGCCGCUCGCAGCUGGCGCGCGGGCUGUACGUGGGCUACCUCAAGCUGCAGUCGUCGCUGGAGGUGGCGCGGCUGGUAGUGCCGGCGCGCGCGCCCAACGUGCCACCGCACGCGCGCGUCCGUCACAACCCGCACGUGGCCGGAGAUGAAUGGGAAUACCUUAAAAAUCAAUCCUGUAAAGCUAUUGAGUCACAGCACCGCAGCACUCUCUCGGUCAGCGGGAGCGACAAGCCUUCUGAGAGCCAGCUGAUGUUCGUGCAGCAGCUGGCGACGGCGACGAGGCGCCUGCUGCGAGAUAUGGACAUCAACGAACACGACGCACUGUUGCACCGCGUCUAUGAUCUAGAGGUCAUCGAGUUCAGCGGCGAUGUCAGCUUCAUCAUGAUCUGCCCGCCUGCGGAGCAGGCCUGCUCCGUGCCCGGGCAGAGAGAGAUACUCCUCCAAAAGGGGGAUCUACUUAGUCUGCCCAUCCAAGCAUUCGAGAUGAUUCACCUGCAGACCUACCACUCUAAUAUUCUUAACAGAUAUUCCAGACUGAGCUGUUUGCUGGAGUUGGAUGUAGCUCUCGCGACUCAUGCGCAGAGGGAAGCUUUCUCCAGCACCGAGCUGCAGACAGCUAAAGAUAGACUCGCCAAGCUGGAAGAUUUGCAAAAUAGUUUAACCGUAGUGUGGAAGUCAGAGCGUUGGCUCAUGGAUCUCAUUAGCUUUGCGAGAGAUAAAGACAAAACAAGUUCCAGCUCUGGGAUUCUGCUGAAAUACUUACUAGAGAAUGAACCGUCCGCCAAUAUUACAGGUUACACCAAAGACUCAGACCAGAAAUUAGAUUUUCUGCAAAUCCCUGCUCGAGACGGAAAAAUAACUAAAACCUCUCCGGGUCGAGGUUCGUGGCCAGGACCGGCUGGAAACGGAAGUGCAAACCUGUACGCAGAAUUCAGCAAAUCUGAUCAACAGCUGAGCCUGGCUCCGCGACAAACUUCCGUCUCGAGCCUAAACUUGAGCAGCUCUCAAUAUCUGGACGCGGAUAGUAAAUAUCCACGGAAAGGCAGCGCGGACUCGCAGUCCAUCCAGCGCAGGGUGAUGAUCGGGGACGCCCAGUCCGACGUGAUGUCCAGCAGUUCACAAGAGAGCGCGACUGGGCGCCUGCCACCGUCGCGCAGCGAAGACACUCUGGUACUGCAAACGAGCAAUGAAAACGGAGAGCCCCGUCCGCGCCCGCAGAGCAUCACCGCAAGCUUGUCAACCUCUUCGAGCCCCAUGCUGACCGUGCGGGGUGUCCACCCGGGCGGCGUGCUCUGCACGAGAACGGCUAAGUCCAAUGAAUCCGCCCAAAGUUUGUCCAGUGACUCGGAAACACAAAGCUGUACCACGGUGCCUAAACUAAAUCCACUGACCAACCGAGUGAUGCCAUCGAAAAGUAUGAAUAACAUGAAGACUGAUGAGGAGCAAUCAAGUGCAGAUGCCGUCGAAGGCGAGUCGAGGGAGCGCAAUGUGAAGCGAGUGCCGCUUAUGGAGACGGCGGAGACCCUCGGCCACAAGGUGGCGCGCACGGCGGACGGCCGGGCCGAGCGUGAACAGCCCGGCAUCCUGCAGGUGUUUGCGGCAUACGACACGGGGCUGGCGGCGGGCACGUCCCUGAAGCUGCACGUGACGCCGCGCACCACCGCCCGGGAGGUCAUCGAGCUGGUGGUCAAGCAGCUCAACAUGGCCACCGUGCUCAAGGGGCGCGCCGGGCCUGUGUACCCGCCGCAGCGGUUGCCCGACUUCUGUCUUGUAGCGGUAAUCGGCGCGCGCGAGCGAUGUCUCAGAGACGACUUCCGGCCGCUCCAACUCCAGAACCCGUGGCGGCGCGGGCGACUGUACGUGCGGCUGCGGCACGACGUUCUGGCGGCGUUGAGCCACUCCGCCGCGCGCCCCGCUCACAUCUAGCUGGAUACUGACACCUCGCACAUCGACAUACACUUGUGUUGAGCGCGCCGCCGCUACAAACAUUGUGCUCCGUCACUGGCGACCGGUCGGUUUGUUUGGCAGUCGACAAUAUUUUUAUUUUCUGUUUUACAGUUGCUCAACAAAUAAGCCCCGUCCCACAAGUAGGUAAUAGGCCUUGGGAGCUAAUGUGACGUUUAUUUUACGAUAUUUACGAGUGUUAUUUUGUUUUGAAUGAGAUAGUUAUACGUGUUAAUUAAGAUACUACUUAAAAUUAAAGAUUUUAGAAGGAUUCCCAACGAACGGUGGAUUAUACGUCUCAACUGUUAUACAAAAUAUAAUUUCGUAGUAGUAUUGAGUACUAUGUAGAGCGAGUUAAAAUAUUUUUUUAUUUAUUAGAACUAACUGAACACCUAGUGAGUGGCACACCGCAAGGGGACGCCGCGCGGCAGGGUGUGCCCAUCUUUAUGUCAACGUCGUCUAGUUUGUGUAUAAGCCUGGUCGACCUGGUGUAGGCGUGUGUCCAACAUUCAUCAUAUCAGUACAACAACAGAUACUUUAGUGUUAGUUAGCUAAUUAUAUAUAACAUAUACAUAUAUAAUAUGUAGGUAUAUGGAGCGAUAUAUUAACGCUGUUAUUAUUUAAUAAAUACUACCGCUUUAACUAAUGCAAUAUUGGUAAAUCGCAGUAUUGUUGAUUGGUGUUGAUUCAAUAAAAGUAAUACUUUACUUGAAGAAGCUCAUUGCUCAAGCAAGCUGCAUCUAAGGCUAUAGAGUGUACUUAGAGUUUGCUCAGACUUUACUUACGUAAGACAUAGCUAAGUGUAAGCUUAACGUAACCUUUUAUUUCGUUUUUAUUAUCAUUUGACAGCUGAAAUUUUACUGAGCUUAACCUUAAACUUUAAAACAGGCGAUUAUAAAAAAGAAGUUUGAGUUUUAUCACAAACAGGAAAGUUUUACGAAUCUAAGUCUGAACAAAGUCUAGUUCGCUGUUCAUAUGUCAACAUGAGAGUCACACACGCAGCUCUGUAUCAAAUCUACAGUCGGAGUGUAAUGGUAGAGCUACUAGUGGUAGUAUUAGACACGAGUAGUCACGUACACUCACUAGUAUUACAUUAUUGUACAAGUGAACUAGUCGCAAACCCACAAAUAUUAUAACAAUUGUAUGUUUUAUUGUGUGUUGCACACGACAUGGCGAUGUGCCAGUUACCUAUAGGGUGUCGCCGGCUAAUACGCAAGCAUAGUAGUAUUAUAGAGACGAUAAGUUCAGUUAUCACAUAAACGGAUAACUUAUGUGAUUUUGUACAAAAAGUGUGUUUGGUACGAAAAGUUUGUUUCGAAUGAGCAGAUUUUUCAUAUACGUUUUAGAUAUUAUUGUUUUUUUACCGUAGAUAAUUAGUUUUCUUUAAUUUUAAAUCGGCAAGUUAUUGCUUUUACCCUUUUUUCGAAAAUUUAGUUUUCAUCAGAUCUCGACGUUUUAAGGUAGGACCUUAAAACAUCCCCGACUGUUCCCGUGAUGGUGGAGUCCCCUUAUAACUUUUAAACGGCUCGACCGAUCACGGUUGGCGCCAUUCGAAGGGGCGAGAAACUUUAAGAAAUCUCAAACAAUUAAAGAAAAAUAGUUAUUGCCAUUUGAAAAUUCAUGUUUUAUUAAUCUUGUGUUUUAUUAAACUUUUAUAAGACAUGAUUUUCAGAAUUACUUAACUCUAUCAGACUUCAAACAUAGAACAGCUAACUCUUUGUGCUCAAAAUAACACAAAUUAUGUUACCGUUAUAAGUACAAUUUGAAGUGUGUAAGGAAUUAGCGGGAAGUUGCAGGGAUGGCCUUUAGGGUCAACGGUUUUCCAAACUUUUUUUAAUUGUUAUGAAUCAAUCUAUAACCUGCUGCGUAAAGGACGAUAAACAGAUCAGUGCGAUCGUUCGCCGGUAAUUAUACAAAAUAUAAUGUGGAAUACUGCCGGAUAUACCAUCGUGUGCGUACAAGCAAUGUUUUAUUAAGACAUUGAUGACUCGGUUUAAUUAAAAUAUAGCUAAUAUUUUGAGAUUUACAUUAUAGUAAGGUAGGCGUGAUCUAAAAGAGUGUAGCUCCAAAGUAUGUUCAUAGGUAAUAUAAAUAAUAUAUCCAUAUUAUAUAAUAGUUAAUAUAUAAUAAAGUAUUAUAUCAUGAGGAAAUCAUUAAAACAAUUAGUUAAUUUCUCCAAUGAUUCGAGCCAUAAGUACUUACAAGUAUAAUAGUAUACCCCGUGGUGGGGGGGGGGGGUCUGGUUGUGUAAGAACCAGGCAGUAUCUACUGUGUCUUAUGAAUAGAAUAAUUAUUAUUGAUGUGUUUUGUUUUGUAUUCACUCGUCCCGUAAUAUAGAUGUUGUGCUAUAUUUAUAGAGAACUUAGCGCGAGAGAAAUUAAAUUAUGCACAAAUAAAUGUAUUUCAGUUA